GUCGUUUGCAAUCUUCCGAGAAGCAGCUUGGGAGGCAGUGACGAUGGACGAGGCGGAGCUGCAACGAGCUUUAGAGGGCCAGGACGAGGCGGCGCUUGAGGAGAUGGCAAGGCGUCUGGCUCGGUCCGAAGUGGACAGAGGGAGAUUUAGGGCGCUGAUGGGGCGGGGACCGGAGCUGGCGCUCUCAGCCUCUGCAAGAUGGGAGGAGGCCGUCUCGAAGGCAGAGGGGAUGCGAACAGCGGCACUUGUCGCGCGGAUCUUGAGGAACGGGAUUGUGGGGGAUACAGAGGCUCAAAAGUGCUGCUUUUGUGUCGCAGCGUCAGCUGUUGCAACGCUCUGGAAAACUACGACAUUUACCUUCGAAGACAACGAUGAUGCGCGGCUACUAUCGCGCACGCUCGUGCAGCUUCUGUCAAAUCUCGUGACGCAAAACGACGAGCUGCAAGGGAGAUUGUGGAGCGAUGCGUUGGGGAUAGGCAGGAUCAAAGAGGGCACCACAAGGGACGGAGUAGACCUGGUCAUUCGCUUGUUGCAAUCACCAGACCAAGGCACCUCGGCCGCGUCGCAGGUCCUCGUCCUCAAUACCACUGUCGACAGCGGGGCUCGUAGUGAAAUUCUAGUGCAGAAGUCUGCUGGUGCCACGCUUAUGCGCUGUCUUCUGGAUCUUGCCCAAUCCCACGUUGAAGAGGACGAAGACGAGGAAGAGGGUGCCGAAGAGCAAGUCUUACACGAUAACGACUCCGGUCUCGCCGUUCCACUAGAAGACUCGUUCACGAAAAAGAGAAGGACACGAAUGGAGAAUCUCGGAGUCCUCUUUGCCAUCUUCGACAAUAUAAUGGACAGAGGUCUCUUCGACAAGGCCUACAGUAGCUUGGCGCCAAUCAACGAAGAACAUUCCCUCGUCUCUGCCUCGCAGCUGACAUUGCUGAAGCUCCUCGAUGCGAAGCUUCAACAAAAGCAUGCCUCGGUGGGUAAAGAUGAUGCCCAGUCUCUCCUCGAUGCAUUCACCAAACUGGCGACUUGGGCGCAAAGUUCGAUGCAAGACGUGAUCAACGCCGGACCAGACGAAGCCAAGCCCGACGCUCGCCUUGUCGAGGUGCACGUCGGCCUCGUCCUUCUUUGCCAGUGCCUCAUCCAGCUCAGCAUGUCAAUCGUGUCCUCUUCAGCUCCGAGUCCCGCCCAGUCGAUCCUCAGUCUCAUGCGGACGCAAAUCUUUGUCGGCACUUUGAUAUCGCUCCUCCAUACAACGAUGGAGUUCUCGCCUGCUAUCUCGCCUUUCAAGUCGACGGCGGCGACGCCUGUCUCGCAACCUCCGCAGGGACAUGCUCUUUCGCAAACGGGCGCUGCUACCUUAGCAGCAGGAGCAGCAGGCGUAUCGAAGAGCAACGAUGGCAGCAGACCGGGGAUGGACAACCUGAAGCGUGAUCUCGUCAGUCUUUUGGGCACGCUCUCGUUCUAUCGAUCGCUUCCCACUCCCACGGAGAAAGAGAAGGAGAGUGAGAGUGAGAGCGUCCGCAUCGUGCAGGACACAACGAGGGAAAAGGGUGGCCUCUUCGAUGUCAUGAACCUCACCCAGCUCGAUGAGCGAAACCCUUAUAUUCGGGAGAGGGCCAUCUUUGCGCUUCGCAACCUCUUGCGAAACAAUGAAGAAUCGCAGAAUCUCGUCGCACGGCUCAGACCGGUGGAAGCAAACGGCACUUCCUAGCAAGAAAGAGACACUACCCCAUGUAUUCUAAUAAAGUACUCUAAAUGCAGCCAUCCGGGAAGGGCGU